GUGAAGAGGCGAAGACGAGCGGGCUACUUUUUGCGUCGGUCCGUUGAAUAUUGAAUUCGUGUUGCAACUGUGAAGAACGACAGUUACGCUGGUUUAUGCGUCGUCUGAUGUGCAAGAUCAAAAUGGAAGAUUGAAGUGGUCAUGGUUGGAUGACAGUUAUUAUUUCAUUUACAGUGUUUUGCAAUUGCAACCGUAAUUUUGCAACAAUAGUUAAUUUUCCUUAAAUUUUUUUAGUUGUUAAAAUAUUAUUCCCUUUGGAAGGUCUAUUUGUACGGUAACCGUAGCUAUGGAUAGAGGAAGACCAUGCCCCCCAAAAUAAACGCCCUUUGCAUCGGCAGCGUUGCAUUGCAUAGCAAUUGCAGAGCGUUGCACGGCGGGAGGCGAGGAAUAUCAGAGUGCCCUAUGGCACCCCGUCGCAGGAUCGUAGCGGCCGCUCUUGGCCUUGAGAGAGGAAAGAAGAAGUCCUGCUCUUCGGACGAUGUCACGAAGUCGUCGUCCACUUCCUCCUCCUCCUCCACAGUGAGGGGGAUUGUUUGUGUGUUGGUGACCCUGUGGAUGGUCGUGGCCGUCGAAGGGUCGUCCAACGUCUCCAACAGCGUCACUAUUGCGUCUUGCAGGGCGGCUUGUUUGCACGUGUUUACCCCAGCGAGUGACGCCAGAGAUGUCAAGUGCCGAAAAAAUUCGGACUGUUUUAUGUGUUGGAAUUCCUGUGGUAUCCUGCGCCAUCAGACGGGGAUCUGGGGAUCCAUGUGUUCAGAUCACACAGCUUGUUUGCCGGGUUGCCAAGUUGCAUGCGGUUUUUACAUGAGCUCGUCGAGAAACGGGGCGGGGCUCCGGUCCUACAUGGUCCCGCCCCCUCCUCCCCUGCCAGCCUAUCAGCCGCCUCCCAGAGUCAGUGGGAGGAGUCAAGUCGUGUGGGGGGCGCUCGAUUGGUCAGGGAGCGCUGCCCCUCCGAGGGAUGACGUCAUCUACGUCUUAUUUAUAAACAGCGGAAGCGGAUGGCGUGAAGUCGUACAGACGACCACCCGGAGUACCCACAUACCCCCAGGUGUCACUGGGGUGCCCAGGCUGCGAUUGCUAGCGGUUACCCAAGAGGGAGUUGUAGCUGCCUCCGACACUUUGCUUCAGACGCAUUCAACUCAACAGGGAACUGUGGAAUAUAAGGUGGAAGAAUUGAGACCAGGCCCUUCUGAUCAAGUUCCAGGAGAGUCCGUGAGUAGGGGCGUAACAGCAAAUCUCGAAUCCCCCGAAGUUGAACCGUCCGAAUUCUAUCCGUACGAACAUUUUGAAUCCCAGAAGGUCACUCCGAAGGAUGCAUUCCCCGAAGGGUCAUCUAGUCUGGUGGACCCGACGUGGGCGCUUCAGGUGGUGAGAGUCGAGUCUGGCAUCAUGGCCGAAGUCAAAGUUGCGUGGGAGUCAAGAGGUCCCGAAGGCGUUGAGUACCUACUCUCUUGGGUAGAAGAAACUGGAGGGGUCUCAGGACACCUCCUUACGGACCAGCUCACGACCGAGCUGUCUCUGUGGCCUGGACAGGGAUACUAUCUGCAGGUCGAACUCAUUGACUCUCAAGGAAACCCUGUGAUGAAGAGUCUUGCAACGCCUGUCAUGUUCAGAAGCGUGUCUACUGCGAGUGGUUCCAACACCGAGAGAAGCAUUCCUCCUACAGUACCUGUUCAAGAAGGUCCUCCUCCCCGUUCUCCUGCCGUUUCAGUGCCCACCGAAGCACCUACAACUUCCACCACGUUAGAUGACAUGCGCAGAUCUGGAUGGCUGAAUGAUGGUACACAGAGUAGCAUAGACGCAGCACCUGCAACUAAGACCCCGGAAGAAAACCAGCAAGAAAUAGUAGAUUAUCCUGACGAUGCGUUGUCAGAAUUACUGCCUCCAAGUAGUGAGUCUGAAUAUACAAAAGUGACUAGUCAGGUGGACUCUGACCUUAGUGGCUCAAGAUCAGGAGCAGAUGUCUCAAGUGAUAUAUCACCAGGACACCCCCCUUCAAGAGGUGGCUCUUCUACUGGAGUUUCAGCCGUAGAGAUUCCAAAGAUAGUCGCGGCUGAGGCAAAUAGCGAAGAGGUCCUAUGGUACGUGGGCGUUAGCAUAGGAGUGCUUCUCAUAUUGAUCCUCUGUAGUCUUGUCCUUUGGUCCUUGGGCAAGUGUAGGAAAACGCCAAGGAACAGCGAGUAUCUUGAGGACCGCCUUAAUGGUGUGCGUUCAUCAUUCAGAGAAGACUUCAUCAGAAGGAACUCGAACAACCCACAGACAUCCUGGACUUUCGAAAAAGGCCGGGGAUCUACGAGGGACCCUAGGAUGGGUCCUUCAUCCUCAAGAAAGGACGGCAUCCCCGGGCGUAUAGACAAUGCUUCCUUAGUGGAGAACUACGUCCUCAUGCUCGAGUCUCGCCCACCAAAAAAGAAACCGAGACACUAGUCAUUGACAUAUUUAUAGGAACAGAAGAUGUUUAGUGAGAUUCGUUUUUUGAAAGUCAAUAUCUGGAAAUUUAUUUCAAGUGAUAAAUAUAACCUUUGUUGAAACGUUUUAGUGCUUUCCUCCCCCUCAACGUUUAUGUACAUAUAAAUCUUGUGCUUUUUUCGUAUAUACUGUAAACGACACCGUAAGUCUGCAAAGACAACUGCUUUUGGUUUUGAAAGCUUCGCAACUAAAAGUGAUUCAUUUCCAGUGAACGAUGAAAAGAGUCGCUCAUAUUCGGUGAAUGUUGACAAAAUGUUAGAGUGGAAGAAAACAUAUUAGUCAUAUGAUGAUAAACUUUGGAGAGUGUUUUCAUUAUUGGUCCAGUUGUUAUAUUUAUACAGAAUUAAGUCCUUUAUUA